AUGACAAGCGAGCCUAGCCUUCCGGGGAGCUACCCCAUCAAGGCACGGAAGGCGUACACCAUCACCAGGCCACGCGAGAGGUGGACGGAUGAGGAGCAUGAUCGCUUCGUGGACGGUGUGCGCCUCUACGGCCGGCAGUGGCAGAAGAUACAGGGGCAUGUGGGCACCAAGUCUGCAAUCCAGAUCCGAUCCCAUGCACAAAAGUUCUUUGCUAAGGUGGCAAAAAGGGGAGGGGACUCCCUGUCGUCCUCCUGCAGCCAAGAUUGGCUGCCCGAGGACUUCAAGGUCCCUCCCGCCAAGACCAGGCGUCGGGGCAGUGACUCCUCGAUGCAGGAUGUCGAGGACCACGCUGGCGAUGGGGCGCACUCCGUGUUGCUGGCGCUCACAAACAGCGAGGCCAGAAAGUCCGCCCAGAGCGCUGCGCCACCCCAGAUGACGCUGUCAACAGUGGUGGCGGCCGCCUCUGCAGCUGCCACGGAGGCCAUCCUCUCGGUGCUGGCCAGAGCGGCCCCCGGGGUGGAGGCCCAGCUGGAGGCAAACCCUUGCCAGAACUACCCCUUCUGUGGCCUGGCACCCUCCACCAUCCGCCUGCUGGGCCGCACAGCCGCCCUGCAAGCCAGCCUGGAUGAUGAGCAGGGCCGGGUGCGGGAUGCGCUGCCUGUGGUGCCUGGAAUCCCUGGACACCAGCUGCCGCACAGGAGGUGGGUGCUGGGUGGCAGACAUGCACAUCGUGCAGGCAGGCAGGCGAGGCAUGAGGUUUCAGUGCCCCAUCCUCCCCGUACCCUUGCAAUUCCCUGCAGUGGGGCUGCUUGGGAGCAGGAUCUCUACAGACUGCUGGCUGCCUCGAUUGGAGGACUGGUGGAGGCUUCCGCACCGGGCCUGCGUGGCCACAACAGCGGCGCCGUCCCCGUGUCGGCCUUCUCCAAGGCCCAGCGCCCCCUGCCCGGCAUGGCCCUCGGGCAGGAGGUGGCGGCGGGGAGCGAGGACGCAGACUCCCACCCAGGGUCGAGCAGCGACGACGUCGUGGUGCUGGAUGGCCGGGGCGAGGUGCCCCGGCGCUACCGCUCCGGCCGUGGCGACAGCGCCGACCGGGUCUCGCCCCUCCCCGCCAAGCCCUCGACCCAGGGCCCCUGGAGCCAGGGGCGCAGGAUGCUGCGUGAGCUGGGCGCGGACGCCGCCCGCGGCAAGGUCCGGCCCGAGCAGGCGGAGACCGCGCCGCUCGACUCCGCCGCGCCCACCGGUCUGGGCGCGAGGUCCUGGGACGACGCGCGGCACUCCUCCGGCCUGUCCGCCAUUGCGGCGGCCUGCCAGCAGCUGUCGCACAGCAUGCACUCCCAGGAGAUCACGUCCAGUGGCCAGAGCCGGGGGGGCCAGGCGCUGCCGCCCCCGACCCAGCUGCACACGCCGCUGCCCCGGCCCCUGCCCGCCUGGGGUCGGUGCGGCGUCAGCGGCUCGCUGCUCGAGGACCGGCUGGUGGAAUCUGCUCAGGGCCUUGAGGCGGCGGUGGGGGGGGUGACCUCCCGCUUCAGGGCCUCCCUGGUCACCAAGAAUGCCCGGGAGGCUCAGGCAGCACAGACCUUCCUGGACGAGGUCUGGGAGGUGGUGGGGACCAACUUCGAGGACGUUCGCAGCCGCGGUUUCCGCAGGGAGGACUGGCAGGCGCAGCGGGCGGCGCACGCCGGCAUCGCUGACCUCGAGGAGGCACACAGCGUGGUGAGGGCAGCCCUGGCGCAGCUGCACGACCCCUACAGCCGCCUCAUUUCGCGCUCAGCCUUUGCCGGCAUGCUCAAGUACGAUGUGAGCGGCGUGGGGCUGAACCUGGUGACCGGCGAGGAGUACCUGGAGCGGACCAACGCUGCCAGGCUGGAGGACGGCCGGCGGCCGAGCGCGGGGGUGUGGGUGCUGGGCGUCAUCCAGGGCUCCCUCGCCGAGCAGGCCGGGGUGCGCCUGGGUGACGAGCUCCUGGAGGUGGCUGGCCACAGCGUCUGCGCCUCCCCGCCCUUCAAAGUGGCAUCGCUGCUGCAGGGGGGCAGCGCCGACGGCGCCGACCUCGCUCUCAAGGUAGCACAGGCACGGAGGCUGGACGGGUCUGUAUACGAUGUCUCCCUCCCCGGCAAGAGGGCCGGCCCCUCCUCAUCCCCGGUCAGCCUGGAGCUGCCCCGGGCGCCCAGCGGCGAUGCAGUCGUCAAGCUGCGCCGCUUCGACGCCCGCGCAGCCGCGGACGUCGCCGGUGCCCUGGCUCGGGCCGAGGCGGGGGGCACGGGGCGCGUGAUCCUGGACCUGCGCUCCAACAGGGGCGGCCUCGUUACGGAGGGCGUGGAGGUCGCCAGCCUCUUCCUCGCCGAGGGCGAUGUCGUGCUGAGGUCACAGGGGCGCGGCGCAGGGGCGCGACCGCCGUACAUUGCCCGCUCGCCCCCGGCCACGUCCCUUCCUCUGGUGCUGCUGGUUGACGGGCAGACGGCCUCGGCGGCCGAGGCGGCGGCCGGCGCGCUGAGGGGUAACUGCCGGGCGGUCGUCGCAGGGCGGCAGACCUUCGGCAAGGGCCUCAUCCAGUCGGUGUAUGAACUCUCCGACGGCUCAGGCCUGGUGCUCACGGUGGGCAAGUACUUUACACCUGCCGGAGUAGACAUCGACCGGGAGGGCAUCCAGCCCGAUUUCCGGUCGGUGCCCGAUCAGCAGCAGGCUGAGGAGGUCCUGAGGGCAUGUCGCCUGGAGCGAGCGCCCGCGGCCUCAGCUUGA